GGAGGAAGCGAUGAAUCAAAUUCAUAUGGCGGUGUGAUUGAACCAAAAGUGUAAACAUAUGGCGUUUGAGCAUUUAAAUUCAUGAAUCAAGCGGUGUGAUUGAUGGCGAUUUGAUUUCCGACCACCGAAGAAAAGAAGCACGAAUUCCCCAAAUAACCGUUAUCUGCAAAAAAUCCCAUUAAAUCUCUGGUUCGAAAGCUUCAUUUCAGCUUCUCGAGGAUUGGUGAAUCAGUGUCAUGUCCUCCGGAAUCUCGAGGGAUAUGAAUGUAUCAGCCGAUUAUGUUAGACCAGAUUUAUUCCAGUUUUACAUUCAGGGGGUAGCGGAGCUGCUUUCCGGCGAUGAUUUUUCUCCAUUUUCUUGUCGGGUAGUUGGAACAACGAAUGGGAGUUUUAGGGAUAAGGAGUUGCUACCAAAGAAGGAGGAGGAGGAAGGUGGAUGUGAUGAGAAAACCGAUUUCGUUGGUUUUGGUUCUUUAUUUCGUAAUGCUGCAGGAGAUGGACUUUCGGGUUUCAAGAAAGCGAAAUUGUUGGCAAUGCUUCGCCAAAGCGUUGUUGCUCUAACACGGGAAGUGGACGAGAUGUUGGAUCCCGUGUUUUCCAUGCAUCGUUUGAGAGGUCUUAUGGCACCCACAAAGAGUAGUGCAAGAUAUCAAGAUCCUAACAGCAAGGAUGAGAAUGAAAGUCGUGCACUUAAGAGACUCAAAGUUCCGUCUUCUUCAUCUUCGAUAAACGAACCUCUGAUUGUUAGUCCUGUCAGCUGUAAUCUUACGGGGGAGGGUUCACAAAAUGAACGGAAGGGUGUGGUGGCUAAACCAGGUAAAUCGUUAACCGGGUGUUCCACUAUCGGGUGUGCAAAGUUUUCUAAAACGGAUAUGUAUCCCGAAAAAAGUAAUCUCGAUGAACCUAAGUUCGUUUGUGACGAUUGUUUAAAACAAGCAAAAGGGUCUUUAAAUUAUAUGGACGUGAAUGAGUCGUUUUUUGGAUCAAGUUCAAGAGACGAUAAAGGAAACGGAGAGGUUAAUGAUGAUUUGCAAGUCCUCUUGGUAAACCGAGGUCCAAAGGUUGAAGAAAAGAUGGAGAAACAUUCGGCUGAAUUAUCUGCAACGCUUGAUCGGAUGCAGGAGAAACUCGAAGAGCUUCUUGAUAUCGUCAUUUCCAGUUGCAGGCCAAUGACACUUGCGGAAAAGCUUCAGCUACGGAGAUUGAUCGAGAAUCUGCCUACAAAAAACCUGGAUCGGGUCGUUGAAAUCAUACAACUUGGAAAACGUUCCGGAAGCCAAUCUAGUGAUCAUAUGACCGUCGAUCUGCAACACGAGGAUAAUUUAACGUUGUGGAGAUUAUAUUUUUAUGUUAAAGCAGUCGAAAAUGCUCGAAAACUUUUGGUUUAGCCGAGGUUUAACCGUAGUAUUUAUGUAAGAAGAAACAAGAUCCUUAAUCCUAAGAGCAUCCAUAAUGUAGUGGCUUAUAAAAACCUCCUUUUUGCACUUUUUUUUGGCCACAUCAAUAUCAAUGCCAACUCAACAAACUAAGAACCUCCAUAGGAUGCUAAGGUGAGAGCAGAAAAUGUGUACAUACAUGUAACAACAGAAGAUGGUGUGGAUCAUCAAAACCACUACUAAUUUUUGGCCAGUAGUACGAGUACC